AUGAUAGGAUACGAAAACUACACCGACUACGCCUCUGCCUGCCAGCUCCUCAACCUCGAGACUCUGAGUGAGCGUCGCGAUGCUGUCCUCUGCAAGCUGGCGGCCGACAUCCUCGCCAACCCCGCCCACCCACUGUACCCGGGCGAGCAGCUGGCAAAUCAUUCCAAAAUGGCAGACCCGGACCUCUUCGAGUUUUUAAAACUGAUUGAGACCGAGGAGGCUGCCCUGAACUACUGCCAGAGGACAGGAGAGCUGCGCCUCAUCCGCGUGGACCGGCGGGACGCGGCCACUCUGCUGCCGCUGAUUCAGCGUCACAUCGCUCCUGGGACCACCGUGUAUUCGGACGAAUGGGCUGCUUACCAUGGCAUAGACGCGAUCCCAGGCGGCAACUACAUCCACCGGACAGUGAACCACCAGAACAACUUCAUCAACCCAGCAGACCAGGCGGUGCACACGCAGGGCAUCGAAGGAGCAUGGUCUCGUGCCAAGCUGGACCUCAUGCGACUGAAGAGAGGAACAUCGCCUGAGCUGCUUCCCGGCCACCUGGCACGCCUCUGGUGGCAGUCAAGAGAUCGCGACGACGUGCGCCCGUUCCUGAACAUCCUGCAGCUGAUCAGGGAGGCAUACCCCCAGUGAACGUUCAAACCUUCGACCGUUCCAACCUGCGACACAAGCCCGAGACUGUAGUGACUAAGCGUGUAUACGUGUUUGUGUGCAAGUGUGCUGUGUGUGUGUGUGUGUGUGUGUGGUGUGUGUGUUGUGUGUGUUGU